AUGUCUGACCACGGAGCCAGCUCUCACGCAGGACGAGGCGAGAAAAGACCUAGAGCUCCCCCGCCUGUCCCCUGCCUGAGUCCCCCGCCUGAGUCCCCCGCCUGUCCCCCGCCUGUCCCCCGCCUGAGUCCCCCGCCUGUCCCCCGCCUGAGUCCCCCGCCUGUCCCCUGCCUGAGUCCCCCGCCUGUCCCCUGCCUGAGUCCCCCGCCUGUCCCCCGCCUGAGUCCCCCCGCCUGUCCCCCGCCUGAGUCCCCCGCCUGUCCCCCGCCUGAGUCCCCCGCCUGUCCCCUGCCUGAGUCCCCCGCCUGUCCCCCGCCUGAGUCCCCCGCCUGUCCCCCGCCUGAGUCCCCCGCCUGUCCCCUGCCUGAGUCCCCCGCCUGUCCCCCGCCUGAGUCCCCCGCCUGUCCCCCGCCUGAGUCCCCCGCCUGUCCCCUGCCUGAGUCCCCCGCUUCCCCCGCCUGUCCCUGCCUGAGUCCCCCGCCUGUCCCCCGCCUGAGUCCCCCGCCUGUCCCCUGCCUGAGUCCCCUGCCUGUCCCCCUGCCUGAGUCCCCCGCCUGUCCCCUGCCUGAGUCCCCCGCCUGUCCCCUGCCUGAGUCCCCCGCCUGUCCCCUGCCUGAGUCCCCCGCCUGUCCCCUGCCUGAGUCCCCCGCCUGUCCCCUGCCUGAGUCCCCCGCCUGUCCCCUGCCUGAGUCCCCCCGCCUCACGUAUGAGCAGAAGCAACCCGCAGCUAUGAAGCCGUCCAGUCCGGUCACUCCCCCCUGUAGCACCCCCGUGUCCCCAAUGCACCACGGCUCCCCUAUCUCAGAGAGGAGCUACGGCCUCAGCCACAUCCCAACCACUCAGCCCCUGUCUGACAGCGCAUAUGGCAUGGACCACCGGUUCCGCCGGCAGCUGUCUGAGCCGUGCCACUCGUUCCCUUCUCCCCCGGCUCUGUCCCGGGACAGCAGACCCAUGUACCAGCGACAGAUGUCCGAGCCCAACAUCCCCUUCCCCCCUCAGGGCUUCAAACAGGAGUACCAGGAUCCUCUGUUUGAGCACCCAGCCAUGAUGGGGGCUCCGCUGCCUCAUGCCUACGCCCCCAACAUGAUGAUCAAGCAGGAGCCCCGAGAUUUCACCUACGACUCAGCUGAAGUGCCCAGCUGCCACUCGGUCUACCUGCGGCAAGACGGAUACCUGGCCCACGCCACCAGGACGGACGGAUGCAUGUUCGACAAAGUGGCAAGACAUUUCUUUGACGACACGUGUGUGGUGCCAGAGAAGGGAGAAGAGGUGAAGCAGGAAUCAGGCCUUUAUCGUGAGGGCCCCUCAUACCAGCGGCGUGGGUCCCUGCAGCUUUGGCAGUUCCUGGUGGCUCUGCUCGACGACCCGGGGAAUGCCCACUUCAUCGCGUGGACCGGCCGGGGAAUGGAGUUCAAACUCAUCGAGCCUGAGGAGGUGGCGCGACGGUGGGGAAUCCAGAAGAACCGACCUGCCAUGAACUACGACAAACUGAGCCGCUCGCUGCGCUACUACUACGAGAAAGGCAUCAUGCAGAAGGUGGCUGGUGAAAGAUACGUGUACAAGUUUGUGUGUGACCCUGAGGCCUUGUUCUCCAUGGCAUUCCCCGAUAAUCAGCGCCCAGUGCUGAAGACGGACGCAGAGCGGCAGAUAAACGAGGAGGACACCGUUCCCCUGUCUCACUUCGAUGAGGGCCUGGCCUACGCUCAGGACGGCCCCUACUGCCCCCCCCACCACCCCUACAGCGAGGCCUACGUCUACUGA